AUGCAGAGGUGGGCGCCGGCGCCGGUGCAGCCGAGGCCGAGGCGGCGUGCCGGCCAGCCGUCCUUCUCGUCCACGCUGCUCGACGCCAUCUGCGACUCCAUGGACGAGCAGCCCGGCGGGUUAAGGACGGCGGCGGCAGACACAGCCACCGAACGCGCCGUGGCGGCCGCCGCCAAGAAGCAGCGGGAAGCGGACGUGCAUUGCUACUACUACUACAAGCCCUCCUUGGCCGCCCGCCACCGGGCGACGCCGGCCCCGGGGCCUUCCGCGGAAGACUGUCCCGGCCGCGGGUACUUCUCGUCGUCCGAGGUCGAGUACUCCCUCCGCCGCCUCCGCCCCAUCCGCACCUCUGGCGGUAGCGGGGCGACCGCGGCGCCUCCCGCAGAGAAGCAGGAGCCGGUGACAGAGAAGGCGAGGAAGCCUUCAGCCGCCUCCGCCCGCGGCGGUUACCGCAGGCCGGCCUCCCCCGGCGCGAGGCUGGCCAGCCUGCUCAACACCAUCUUCUCCGGCCGCAAGCGGCACACAGCGCGGCAGCACCCGGAUCCUGCGGAGGAGGAGCCCGCGUGCUCGACGACGCCGUCGUGCGCCCGGGCCUGCCUCGCCAAGACGCCGCCGUCGGCGCGGGGGCGAGCGAGCCGGUGCAGGACCGUGCGGUUCCUGGACAUCGACGGCGAGGUGGCCUUGGCCGCGGCCGCUGUGGGUUGCAGACAAGUUCCGGUGGUGGAGGUGGAGGUGGAGGAGGCCGGGGUCCGAGUCGGACCCGACAGCGACGGCGGCAAGGAGAGCAACGACGGGAGCUCCGACUUGUUCGAGCUCGAGAACCUUGCGGCCGUUGCUCCGGCGAGCCGCCGGGGCUUUCGUGAUGGCGCGUGGGGGGACGAGCUUCCGGUGUACGGGACGACCGGGGUUGAGCUCCGUCACGACAUUGGCCGCCGCCGUCCGUUCGGCUACGGCAGCCUUGGUCGGAGUUAUAGCAGGGUUGUUUAAUUUGUAAUA